AGCAGCAACUAAAAAAUUUUCGUUUUCAAUCUCUUUCACUUUCCUUCUAAAAAUAGUUUGAUUGUUUGAAAGAGAGGAGAGUAUGAGAUUAACAGUAGCAUUUUUGGUUGGUUUAUUUGUUUUAAGUUCUGCUUCAGCAGAAGCCAUAGCUCAAGAAACGAAAACUUCUCAGAAAACUCGGUCAGGUUACAAACAUGUCUGGCCAGACAUGGAAUUUGGGUGGAGAAUUGUGGUGGGUAGCAUAAUUGCAUGCCUUGGAGCAGCUUCUGGGAGUGUAGGAGGUGUUGGUGGCGGCGGCAUAUAUGUUCCUAUGCUUGCUUUGAUCAUUGGAUUCGAUACAAAAUCAUCAGCAGCACUCUCAAAAUGUAUGAUCACGGGUGCAGCAGGAGCUACAGUUUUCUACAAUCUAAGGCAAAGACAUCCGACACUCGAUCUACCUAUCAUCGAUUAUGACCUUGCACUUUUAUUUCAACCAAUGCUGAUGGUUGGAAUCAGUAUUGGAGUUGCUUUCAAUGUGAUUUUUCCCGAUUGGUUGAUCACAGUUUUGAUUGUUAUUCUAUUCACAGGCUUGUCUAUUAAGGCAUUCUUGAAAGGAAUUGAAACAUGGAAAAAGGAAACCCAAUCAAAAAAGGAGGCUACUAAAAGCUCGGAGUUAAUGGAUAUUGGAAAUCAAGUAGAAGAAUUCGAAUUACAGCCUGAGUCUUUAAACAACACAGCCCCAAAAGAAGCCCAGGAAACUAAAAGAUCGAAGUCAUCUGUUCUUGAUAAUAUUUACUGGAAAGAGUUCGGAUUACUUGUUGGUGUCUGGGUUAUCAUCCUUGCACUGCAAAUUGCUACGAGUUACACAACAACCUGUUCUAUACUAUACUGGAUCUUAAACAUCUUACAGCUACCAGUAGCCGGUGGAGUUAGCAUAUAUGAGGCUGUUAGCUUGUACAAAGGGCGGCGAAGGAUUGCAUCGAAGGGAGACUUGGGCACAAACUGGCGAGUAUAUCAACUAGUUUUUUAUUGUGCCUGCGGUUUAAUCGCUGGUAUAGUUGCUGGACUGCUUGGCAUUGGUGGGGGAUUCAUUUUAGGCCCUCUAUUUCUCGAGAUCAAAAUCCCUCCUCAGGUGUCAAGUGCCACAGCCACCUUCGUCAUGACAUUUUCUGCAUCAAUGUGUGUCGUAGAGUAUUACUUGCUAAAGCGUUUUCCCAUCCCUUACGCUCUUUACUUCUUCUGCGUGACAGUCAUUGCUGCUUUAGGAGGUCAACUUGUAAUGAAAAAGCUGAUCGUUGUAUUAGGCAGAGCAUCUUUAAUCAUCUUCACGUUGUCGAUCACCAUGUUUGCGACCGUAUUAUCACUAGGCGGACUAGGCUUGAAGAGAACAAUUGAAAAGAUUCAACACAAAGAGUACAUGGGGUUUUAUACUCUUUGUACAUAUACUUAGUAUGCAGUAAUUGUGUUGUGAAUUGACAUUGUAAAAAUUGAUGAUGGAAUAUGCACUUUUGUAAUAACAAAAUUAUUAGGAGAUUUACGUGAAAAUUGUGGUAAGAGUAGUUUAGUUGUUUAAGCAAAACUUAUAUUUACUGUAGUGUUAUUACUUUUUUUAACCGUUAUAAAAACAGAUUUAAUAAAUUAUCAAAAGACUUUUGAAUA